AUGCUGCGGCUGACCUGCCUGGUGCUGCUGCUGCUCGGCCGCGCCGCCCCGGCGGCAGAGGAGUAUGGUCUGGAAAUAACCAACAAUGGUCCCAUCACAACAGGAGCUCAAGCUACUGUUCACGCCAGUCUAAGUAUGAAGAAUGACAGUGUCACAUCAAACUUGUAUCACUUCAACUGGAUUUAUGCUCCUCUGAUUCUGAUAGAGAAAUCUGAGCAGCGGUUUAACUCCAUAAUUAAUGUGACCGGUGAAUUUCCUGGGACUUUUCCUGUAUCUGUCUGGGUGACUCAUAGAAAUUGUUGGUUAUGUCGGCCGGUUGCUAGAAAUGUCACCGUGCUUCAGAUUACAGAAUUUAUAACAGGGAAUCUUACCAUUGCCCAGAUAGAAGACAGUAGAUUUAUCACACGUGGUUCUAGUUCCUCCACCAGCACCGUGACCCGGAUUUCUUUCUGUCUUCAUGACCCAAGUCAUUACUUCAAGUCAGCAUCAUUUGUCUACAACUGGGAUUUUGGAGAUGGAGUUUAUCAGAUUACCAAGGAACCCUUUGUCUACUACAACUGCUCUACCAUGGGGAAUAGCACGGUGCAUCUGAAAGUCAUAGCUGAAUGGGAGCAAAUUGGAAGCAUCAUACAUGAAAGAGAAACGGUGCAGAAAACUGGUGAUUUUACCACUGCUCUGGAGCUGUUAGAUGCUGUUAAAAGUAUUAAUGUAGUGGGCUCCAGAGAGACUCACGUAAUGGAAAACUUGAGUUUGUCUCUUCAUAUCAAUGGCACCCCGCCGCUGGCAUUAUGCUGGCUUAUAAAGGCCGAGUGCAUUCCACUUGAUGGUGAAAAAUGCCAUCUGGUGGUGAUUAAUGGCUCCUGCUACAAUCUCAGCCAUACCUUCAGUGAUGCUGGACAGUAUUGCCUCAGCGUCAGAGUGGAGAAGGGCGUGACGAUGCUGCAGACGUACCAUGAAAUAAAAGUGUGGCCAACAGGGGUCCACCCGGCUUUCUUUGUCUUGCUGUGCAUCACUCUGGUUUCAGCAAUGCUAGGACUGGUGCUGUACACGACCUUUCGAAGUAACACACAACAAAAAGAUCUCGUGGAGGUAGCUGACUUUGACUUUUCUCCACUGUCUGAUAAAAACCUGUCUUCUCAUUCGGAGUCAGGCUGUGAACAAAUAUGUUGCAGAUCAUGUUUUCUUCGGCCAUCUCAGGAAGCUGCCAGGGAGAGUCAUGAACUUCUACAUUCGUUUUACAAGCCAGUCAAAACGUACACGGUGUGA